CAAUAUUUCUAGAGACGUCCUCUCACUUAAAGCUGUACCGUGCGUGUUGUGUAUAGUUUCAUAAAGUGGUGAUAAGAAGAGGAAGUAAUUAAACGGAGCUACGGAAGAUUACUUUGUAUCUGUAAUAAGAGCAGAUACAUUGCGUUCAGUAUAAAAGAUGUCCCAGUGGUAUCAGCUCCAGCAGCUGGACUCCAAAUACCUGGAGCAGGUGGACCAGCUGUAUGAUGACAACUUCCCCAUGGAGGUCCGCCAGUACCUCAGCCAGUGGAUCGAAAGCCAUGACUGGGAGCAGGUGGCUUCCAAUGACUCGCUGGCGAUAGUUCGCUUCCACGACCUCCUGGCCCAGCUGGAUGACCAGUACAGCCGCUUCACACUGGAGAACAACUUCCUGCUGCAGCACAACAUCCGCAAGAUCAAACGCAACCUGCAGGACAACUUCCAGGGCGACCCUCUGCACAUGGCCAUGAUCAUCUGCGGCAGUCUGAAAGAAGAGCAGAAGAUCCUGGCCAUAGCUGCUAAGAAGGAGGACAAUGGUGCAAACACACACAGCAACAUGGUGGUUGAGAAGCAGAAGGAGCUUGACAACAAAGUCAAGGACAUUAAAAACAAAGUCCAGGAUACAGAGCAAAAGAUUAAAUCAUUGGAGGACCUUCAAGACGAACAUGACUUCAAGUACAAAACCCUGCACAACCGAGAGCAUGAGGUCAACGGGACCACCCAGAAAGAGAUUGAGCAUGAGAAGAUGGUGAUCCAGGGGAUGUUCCUGAACCUGAACAUGAAAAGAGAGGAAGUGGUGCGGCAGAUGGUGGACGCCCUCAAUAUGGCGGAACAGAUACAGUACAUACUGAUCACAAAGGAGCUGCAGGAGUGGAAGCGGCGCCAGCAGAUCGCCUGCAUUGGGGGUCCACCCAACGCCUGCCUAGACCAGCUCCAAACCUGGUUCACAGCGGUGGCCGAAUGCCUACAGCAGGUCCGGCAGCAGAUCAACAAGCUGCAGGAGCUGGAGCAGAAGUACACGUAUGACAACGACCCCAUCACCCAGCAGAAGCACUUCCUGCAGGAGAGAGCCCUUUCGCUCUUCCGCACCCUCAUCUUGAACUCCUUGGUGGUGGAGAGACAGCCCUGCAUGCCCACGCAUCCACAGAGGCCCCUCGUCCUGAAAACGGGAGUGCAGUUCACUGUUAAGCUCAGACUGCUGGUGAAACUCCAGGAAUUUAAUUACCAGCUUAAGGUCAAAGCUUCUUUUGACAAGGACGUCACCGAGAAGAAUACUUUGAAAGGGUUCCGAAAGUUCAACAUCCUGGGAACAAACACAAAGGUCAUGAACAUGGAGGAGUCCAAUGGAAGUUUAGCAGCUGAGUUCCGUCAUUUGCAACUCAGAGAACAGAAAGCUGGGGGCAACAGGACCAAUGAGGGCCCGCUCAUUGUCACCGAGGAGCUGCACUCCAUCAGCUUUGAGACGCAGCUCUGUCAGCCUGGAUUUGUCAUCGACCUGGAGAUCAGCUCCCUGCCCAUUGUGGUGAUCUCCAACGUGAGCCAGCUGCCAAUGGGCUGGGCCUCCAUCCUCUGGUACAACAUGCUCAGCAGUGAGCCCAGGAACCUGUCAUUCUUCCUGAGUCCCCCCCAGGCCUGCUGGAGCCAACUCUCUGAAGUACUCAGCUGGCAGUUCUCCUCGGUCACCAAACGUGGGCUCCACUCCGAGCAGCUGAGCAUGCUGGGUGACAAACUCCUGGGUCGGGAGGCAGCCGGGAACCCCGAAGGUCUCAUUCCCUGGACCAAGUUCUGCAAGGAGAACACGAACGAGAAGAACUUCCCCUUCUGGCUGUGGAUUGAGGGCAUCUUGGAGCUCAUCAAGAGGCACCUGCUUUCGCUGUGGAAUGACGGGUGCAUCAUGGGAUUUGUGAGCAAGGAGCGUGAGAGAGCCCUGCUGAAAGACAAAGAGCCGGGCACCUUCCUGCUGCGCUUCAGUGAGAGCAGCCGGGAGGGAGCCAUCACCUUCACGUGGGUGGAGCGCUCCUCGAAUGAUGAAGUCCAGUUCCACGCGGUGGAGCCCUACACCAAAAAGGAGUUGACUGCGGUCUCCUUCCCCGACAUCAUCCGCAACUACAAGGUCAUGGCAGCUGAGAAUAUUCCAGAGAAUCCCCUUCGAUUCCUCUACCCCAACAUCAUGAAGGACAACGCCUUCGGGAAAUAUUACAGCAGGCCCACUGAACCGUCAGAACCCAUGGAUGUGGAGAGCCCCAGUGACGGGGGUUACAUAAAGACGGAGCUGAUCUCCGUGUCAGAAGUUCAUCCCUCAAGACUUGAGAACAUACUGCCCUUAUCUGAUGAGCAAUAUCACGCCCUCUCGCAGAUGAUCCCUGCCGAGAUCGACACUGUGAUGUGUUCCCGUUUCCAGACCUAAGAGAACCCAGGAAGAUCAUCUACUGUGAAGAAUUCAAAAUAGCUCUCUUACAUUUGUUAUCUAUUCUUAUUAUUAUUUUAGUAAUGUGUUGUGUUAUGGUAUGUAUCUGGAAUUUUCUUGUACAAAGAAAUGUAAAGGAGCAGUUCAACAUGGUAAAAACAAUGUACAGUACACUAAUAUAUGUCAAUGUGGUGCAAUAAUCAGUAUGAAGUUGAAUACGUUUGGUUUUCCCAUAUACAAUAUCUCAAACUAUUAAAAUCAUCAGAACAUGCCUUCA